UAUUCCUCUAUUGGCUAAUGAACCAUUACCUCACGUGGACAAACAAGGAAGUAAAACCAGUCCGUCUAAAGCUUUUGUUUUCGGUUCGUGGGACCGGACUUCAGACCGGUUUACCCAUAAAGUUUAAACAGACACCAUGAGUGACGGCCCUGUCAACACGCUGGUUCUGAUCGGUGUGGGAUCCAGCUUCGCCUUAUCCAGCCUGUUCUAUCGUUUAUAUCAAGAGAAGAAGAAGGAGCUCGAGAAGCUGAAGGGAAUACCCAUCUUCAAACCAGACAAACAUCUGGUCCAAGUACUGAAGGCGUCGCCCCACAGGAGACUCCAGUAUGUUGCUGUGGAAGGCCUGGUCCAGGCGGACGGGGAGCCUCUGACCAGCCGGUUCGUCCCACGAUGCUUUGGUGUGAUUCAGAAGACCACCGUGGAGGAACACUGGAAAUACUGGAACAACCUCACCAGGACGUGGAAUUCUCGGACAAUGAAUAAGAAAGAGACCAGCAACUCUGUGCCCUUCAGCCUGAUCAGCCCUGGAGCCUACAUGACUGACCUGUACGUGAAAGUGCAGAACCCUCUGGAGGCCUGCGGCUGCCCCCUGGAGAGGGUCUACCACAAAGUGAGACGUUCUGAGGAGGGCUUGGUGAACCUGGCGUUGCAGGGCCUCAGCGGGGAGAAGCCUGUGGCGAUGGUGGAGAGCGAGGAGCUGCUGCGGGUGGGGAGCAUCCUGACCGGGUUCGGGGAGGUGGUGCUGGAGGGAGGCCAGGUGAUGAGGCUGCAGACGCCGCAGGACGACCGCAAAUUCAUACUGGUAGCCACCGACUACAGGAGCUUUAUAGACAGGCACGAGAGUUCAGCCACCAUGUGGAAGAUGCUCACUGCUGUCACCGGCCUCACGGGGGCGUCUCUUCUAGCAGGGGUAAUUUACAACUUAGUAGGUAAACAGGAUGGCAGGUCAAAGAAGGCUUGAGGAGGAGGGUCCUGCAGGUUGGAUGACUGCUGAAGCUGUGUCAGCUUUUUGGGAGUAAAACGGCCUCAGGUGUUUUGUCAAGUUUGGUUCACAUCACGUUUUUGAUUUUGGAUGUUUUGGAUAUAGUGCAGGCGAGAUGCGACACACAAUAUUGUCCGAAUGUCUUUUUAAAGCUGGGCAAUAAUUCAAUAUUUAUAACAAUAGAAUUUGCAUCAAUAACAAUGUAACAAAGGUAAUGCAUUGUGUAAGCACUGAUGAGGUAUAACACAAAAUCUUUUUGUCAUAUUCUAUCAGAUGCCGACUGAAACUUUUGAUAUUAUUUCGAUCUUUGGCCAUAUUGUCCAGCCCUAAUAACUCAUAAAAUAUAUUAACAAGUCCUAAAAAAGGAUAGCAAGCAACAGUAUUUAUUGUUUGUGAUCAGACAGAUCCCAAGUCAAUAACGUGUUAGAUUGUGUACUUUAAAAUAUUCUGUGGUAUUAUGUUGUAUUUUACUCGAGGUUUGUUGUGUUUCGCUCCUCUGCGCCUCCAAACUAAUCCGACCACUUCAGAAAUGUGUUAUCGUAUCUCUCAAUGAUAAGUCUCCAUAAUACACAAAUCCUAAACCUGAUGAUGUGAACCAAGUCUUUUAAGUGUUUGACUAUUUCAACUAUUUCUUCUGAUGCUGGUGUUGAACUCAGGGUCUGAUAAAGACAAUUGAAAAGUCGGUAAGUCUAAAAGUGUCGACAUAUAGAAGGUGAAUGGAGUCUUGAUUCAAGGUGAAUUCCUAAAAGAAACUCACUAAAGCUUAGUGAGGGAACAAAUCAUAGAUUUAAGUAUUUUACCCCCUAAGAUUGAUCAACUUUAAAAGUAAUAAAAUCAUAACUACUUUAUCAAGGGAACAUUGUAUUUUUGGAAUAAGUUUUUGCAGAACUGCAUUAUUGUGAGAAAUCUAAUUAAGCUAACAUUUUAAGGAUUGUUUUGCUUUUAUUUUUCUUUACAGGGCUUUUACUGUGAAUCGGAAUAAUUGUCAGACUGAGAUUCCAGACAGUAAAUCUGAAUAUACUCUGAUUAAGACCACAUCGAUUUAGCUGCUUUUUUUCUACCUCUUAAAUCAAAAAGAUUUGACUCUAUUGCCGUUUGUCCUUUGGUCAGUUUGGAGAGGGUGAUGGAAACAAACACCGACGGAAGAAAUCUCUUCACAGGUGGUGGUUUUACUCGUGUCUGUAAUAUUAACUGUAAUAAAAAUAUAUUUUCAAAUCAG